CACGCGCUUUCCUCUUUCCUCAAUCCACCAAUCUCACCCUCUCCCGCACUCACCUGACGCGCUAUUCCCCACUUCUCCUUCGCAGCCUUUAAACCCGCUCCUUCCGCCCUCUUCUUCCCCUCUCACUCUCACCUCUCUCAGCUAUCCAUGGCAGCCCUCAUCCUCUUCGCUCUCCUCUUUCUCUGCGGCCUCCUCAACUCAAUCUUCUUUCCCUCCUCCAAACUCCUCCCAUGGCUCCGCUCCCUUCUUCUUCUCUCCUCCAUCUCCCCUCCCAAAUCCAAACCCAAGCCCCCCAACCCAGAUCUCAAGAACGAGCACCAAGAUAGCAGAUCUGAAUCCCUACCCGAUUCUUCAGAUCUCAGGACACUUUUCGCGACCUUCGACUCCAACAGCGAUGGCUUCAUCUCCGCCGCCGAGCUCAGCCAUUCACUCCGUCGGCUAGGGCUUCACACCACCGGCGAUGAUCUGACGAACAUGAUGGAAAGGAUGGAUUCCAAUGGCGACGGCCUCAUCGACUUAAACGAGUUCGGCGAGCUCUGCAACUCCCUCAGAUCUGAACCUGCGGCCGAAGAAGAGGACGAUGGGGAGCUCAGAAAAGCGUUCGAUGUGUUCGACGGGAACGGUAAUGGCCUGAUCACGGCGGAGGAGCUCAGCCUGGUUCUGAAAUCGCUUGGACUCCAGGAAGGACAUCGAGCCGAAGCCUGCCGUGCUAUGAUCAGUAAGAUUGAUUUGGAUGGAGAUGGGAUGGUUAAUUUUGAUGAGUUUAAGAAGAUGAUGGCCGGUAAUGUUGGAGGAUUGCUCUUCUGACCUUCUUCGUCUUCUUCCUUCCGGUAUUUUUUUCUGAAUCUUUUUUAGUUUC